AUGGGCAAAGAAGAACUCCAAAACCUUGACCCAACAACACCAUCAAUGGCUUCUUCUUCAGUACCUCUUAAUCCUCUUAGUGUUGGAGGAAUCUUGAGGGAAGCAAUCAAAACACAAGCAAGAGAUAAAAAACUCAUUCUUCAUGUGAUGCUCCUCAUACUUUCUCCCUUAUCUCUCAUUGUCCUUCUUCAUUCCAUCUUUGCUAGGCCUCUUAUAGAGAUGAUUGAAGAUGGUGGUGCUGAUCAUCAAAGGGACUUGAUUACAUCUCUCAUCGUACUCGAAAUCGUCUUCUUUGUUGCCUUCUACAUUGUUACUUUCUUUGGGGUGGUGAUUACUAUUCAUGUCUACAAUCCAACAUACAAUGGAAGAUCUACAAGUAGUAGUAGUCCAAAAGAUUUGAUUACAUGGUUCUAUUUUUCAUGGAGAGGACCUUUCAUCACAUACUUGUAUGUUACUUUCAUCGUCGCCAUUUCUGUCGUUGUCAUCGUAGUUUCGAUCAAACUGGUUAAUGUGAUUAUUGCUUCUUUGGUGGUGGGGAUUCUGGCUUCAAUGGGUUUUGUUUACUUAGCUUCAAUACUGAUGCUCGCGGUCGUGGUAUCGGUCAUUGAAGGUGGUGAUUGUAAGGGAGAAGAGGCGUUAAAAAGGGCUUGGAAGAUGAUGAGAGGAAGAGAGAUUCUUGGGUUUGAAGUAAUGUUGAUUUUGGUGUUGUUAUUUGUUCCAAUCUUUGUUGUGUUCAUUGUUGCAGCAACAGAUGAUGACAUGGGUUUAGUCACUCAGUCUUUUUGUGGGAUUGUUGCAGCAAUUCCUUUCUGCUUAGCAGAGGUGUAUCUUCUUCUGGUGAUGAUUGUGUUUUACUUUGAAUGUAAGAAGAAUCAUGGGCAGAGAUUAGAGUUGGAGGCGGAAGAUGAUCAGAUUUCUUUUUUUGAUCGUUCUUGUCUUGUAAGAUAUCAGGCCGUUCUGUAUUAUUUGAAGGUGAGACCUAAGACCCAGCAGACCACUAACCCACACCUGACCGAGCAUCCAGGACGCAUUAUUGCGAAUGUUUCGACUCAAACCUGGGUGGAUGAUAUCCCAUCAGUUCUCAAACCACUGGACCAAACAAGCGGGGAUGAAAGUAGUGGUCUCUUGAUGUGA